CGAACGUUUCCCAAAACUUUGUCUCCCCACUUCCGUCGUUCCUCGUUGGUUCUCUGCUCAUAUCCCCCCUCGAGUUUCUUCUUCUUCGCCUCUCCGUGAGUGCGAAAGUCGUGCUCGUCGCGAAGCAUCUUUGUGAACAAGAAAGCCGGCAUCCACCCUGAAGAUCCACCUGCGAAAUGGUUCGUACUUCACUGUCAUCUUUGGCUGAGGUUUCAAAGAGAAGGAUGAAACAUGAACUAUUGGUUCCCGUAAAGUCCCUUUUCCCAUCACAAUAUUCACAGUGCACAUACUUUGGGAAAUUGGGUAACUUGUUGGACUCCAUUCCAAUCAGUCAACGGGAGGUCUUCAAGAAGCUUCCAUGGGUCAUUUUGCUAAGACGCCAGAAUUGCAGUUUUCUGGCCAAAUUGUGUAUAUGUUGGUGUUGCGACUGGUUCGGCAACAACCUGUGGAUGAGUUUUGGUUUUCGAUUAGAGGGAAGAUCUUUAAGUUCACGUUUAAAGAUUUUUGUGAAAUAACCAAGCUGCCACCAGACCAACUUUUGAAAAAAAAUGAGAAAGGCAGUGUGGCUUAGAGAUGGACUCGGGCCAGGUGGCCCGACCCGGAACCGGCCCGGGACCGGUACUGUUCCGGCCCGGCCCGACCCGGUGGCCCGGUCAGUGACCGGUCCGGGUAGGUCUGGCCCAUGGGUUUUCCGGUCCGGGCUCGGGUCGCCCAAAACAAGGCCCGACCCGGCCGGGCCCGGUUCGGGCCAAAACCUACUUUUUUUUCAAUUUUUUUAAAUUUUCGGGUUGGGAUGGGUAUUUUGGGCCAUUUGGGGUGGUUUGGGGGGUUGGGGGGUGGGAGGGGGGUUAAUUAGGAAGAGGAAAACAAAAAAAAUGAUAAUGGGCCCGACCCGGACCUGGACCCGGUGGUUACCCGGGCGGUCCCGGGUCCACCAUUUCUGAACCGCCGGCCCGCCCGGGCCUAGGCCCGACCCGGACCCGGCCCGGACCCGAGUCCAUCCCUAGUGUGGCUGAUAUCUUCUUUAAAGGAAACAAACGAGUCACAUACCAAGAGUUGAAGGAAACAAUGGAGGCCGUGAAUCUAAAGAAGAGGAUUGACCCAUUAGCUUAUGUGAAGUUGGCUUCCCUUUUCGUUGUUGAUGGUGUGUUGCUGACUAGAGACCAUGGCACAAAGAUCAAUGCUGAUCAUUUUGAUUGGGUUGAAGAUUUUGACAACAUUCAAAAAUAUCCUUGGGCACUGGAGUCAUAUACCCUUAUGGUUAGCAAUUUGAAGUCGUUCAUGCGUGGGCAACCGGAGAAGUUUGAAGCUGCGUUAGCGAAGAAUCCUGGCUAGAAGAACGCUAAGUUCACAAUUUGGUCUUUACCGCAUGUGUUGCAGGCUAGGUUUGGGCGUAUGAGAAAAUCCAUGGACUUGCGGGAAAAUGCGACCAAAAAGUGAAAUCUGAAGCAACUAGAAUUUUGAAUUGGAAAUUUGUUGGGUUCUUCCAUCUCUCUUCUCUGAAGGAAUUAGUAUUCACCGAUGAGCCUUUAGAAGAAGAAACUGAUGAUGAGAAGGAUGGUGAAGAAGAUGAUGACGAAGCAGGUGAUGAAGAAGAAAUUGGUAUGGAAGAUGAGGAUAUCAAACUAUUUCGUAAAUUGAAGGUGAUAGAAGAUCUUUCAAAAACAAGGGAUGAAAUUGAACAAUUGAGGGGUAGUGUUAGAGACAUUGAGGCCACACUUGGUGAGGUCAAGGACAUGUUAUCUAAGUUGAUGGGGGUGGUUCUGCAAGGUAAAAACGAGGUGGCUACUGAAAAGAAGGAAGUUCUCACUGUUGAUGAGAAGACCGAUUCUGUUCAAGAUAAGCAGUGUACUGAGCAUGAAAUGCUGGAAGUGGACAACGCACAGAAGAGGAAGAAGAUGAAGUCCAAAGCGGAGCUGAUGAAGAUGAUAAAGGAGUUGAGGAAGAAGAUUUGAAGCAUGGCACUCCGGACGUGUUAAUUGAAGAGAAGGCUCAUGAAGAUGAUAAGGGAGCUGAGGCAGAAAUGGCGCUUAUGCCCACGACCGAAAAGAAUGUUGAGGCCAGUGUUCACCCUUUGCCUAAAUCAACCCUCAUAAGAUUUAUUUUGGAAGAAUUGAACGAUUCGGAUAUGGUCUUAGGAGAUUGUGAGUCACCCCUUCCUAAUAAGGAUGACUCCUUCCUGGAUGAAGAAGUGACCGCCCCAACACCUUUUCAAAAUGUGGAUUGGGAGGAUCUUGUUGAAGAUGAUGUUCCAAUAACCAAACCCCAACCUGCCAAAGAGGAAAUCAAGAAAAGAAAGAGAUUUGUCUCCAAGUAUCAUAUCAGUCCUUUUAUGGAUCCGUGUGCUAAGCGGGUUAAUCCGAGUCAAGCUGGAAGUGGGACACAAGUUGAAGAAGAAGAGAAACUGUUCAAUGAGCUCAAGACUUGGGUGAAAGGCCUUGCUACUGAGGAACCAAUCUGUGUCACUUUAGACCUUUCAGUUUGUAUUACUGUGGAUAGAAAGUUCUUCCGCGAUCUGAUAGACCCAUCUGAAUGGCUAAGUAGUGUGCACAUUGAUGCCCUGAGCAACAUGUUGAAGAGUCAGAGAGUUGAGGGUCAACAAUCUGAAUUGGUGUCCCUCUAUUUCGUGAAUCAAUUGAUGAGGAAAAAAUUAGACAAGCCAGCAGAUUGGAAUGGAGAUAGGUUGUUGAAACGCAUUGACUGGCGUGGCUUGUCCAAGGUUUUCAUUCCAUUGAAUGUUGAGGACAAACAUUGGAUCUUAUGUGAGGUAAACUUGGAGGAGGUUGUUGUUAAAGUAUAUGGUUCCUUAAAGAGUUCCCGAACUCCAUGGUAUGCAUGUCAAUUGUGCAUGAGCCUUCCUUACCUACUCCAACACAUUCAACAUGGACUACCACGCCCCUUACACCUAAGAACAUGGGAGGCUGUGGCUGUUGAUGAGGUUCCGCAACAAGCAAUGGGGUCUGGAGUAUGUGGUGUUAUGGUAAUGGCGUUUGCUGAACAUUUGUUGCACGGCCUCCCCUUAACACCCGGGUGUGAGUACGACAACACCCCCACAAUUCGGAAGAACUUUGCAUUACGCCUAUAUCGUUUGAGGAAGCAUGCAUACAACAUUGAAUUGAAGAAUGAAUGAAGGCUGACCAUCUGUAUUUUUUUGUCCAUGUAAUUGAUGUGAAGAAACACUUAUUUUUUGUCCAUCUGUAUUUAUGUUGUUACACUUUUUCCAUUACAUGCCCUCAAGUAGUUAUAUAUGUGCUUAUGUUUAUGAUGUAAACCUUAAACGAAACAUAUGUAUAUCAACUUCUGGUUUAGCAAUAUAUGAUAGGAGUACAAUGGAUGUGAACAUUUGCAAAGCAUAAAUCAUUCUAGCAUUGUAAACUUGUGUCAUUACACGCGUUAUC